GGGGCUUGGGAGGCCGCGUGACCUGGGCAGCUGCUUUUCCAUCUCAUAUGUCUAUUUGUGUCACGUGAUGAGGUGCCUGGCGCCGGGCCUCCCAAGAUGGCGGUGUGCAUCGCGGUGAUCGCCAAGGAGGUGCGUACGCGCGGCGUGGGGCGUCCGGGCCCGCACCAUCCUCGCCUCUCCGCUUUCUUUCCCCUUCUUCCCUGGGCCUAGAAGGCACCUUAGGAAAUGGGACCUGGAGGAGGCCUUCCCCGAGCUCCAGCGGUCAGGGGCUUCGCGGUGGACGAGCCACCAGGCACACCCUGAGACCCCAGUUCCGCGCUCGCCCGUCCCGCUGGUGAACGCACCCCUCGACGCCCCAGGUCUCCUCCCCGCCAGGACCCACCAGAAACCUAGGUGGUCCGGGGCACUGCCUCCGUCCUCCGUCCUCAGCAGGUUCUGCCCGUUCUCCCGUCCAGCGCUGGUUCCCCGUGGACGGCGGCCCCGGCCCUCCUGCCAGUCUCCCCGGAGCCGAGAUAAAAACAAAUCGGAUCCUGUCACGCCUCUGCCUGAGACCUCUGCAGUGGCUUCUCGUUGCCUUAGGAUGGUGUCUGAAUAACCUGGUCUGGGAUCCUUUCCCCCCCGUAACCCUUGGCACCCUCCGCUCCAACCAAACAAUUCUGCAGCUCCCUGGACAUGCUCUGCCCUCUUACCUCUGAGCCUUUGCACGCGGAACACCUCUCCCCAGCUCCCAUCCUCUUUACUGGCCCACAUAUAUUUCAACUGGAAAGCAUUUUCUGAAGGCUAAGACUGAGCUGGGUGACUGUCCACCCUCCUGCUGCACGGAGCCUUCAUUUCCUAGCCAGGGUCUCCCCUGAGACCGGACUCGAGGCCGCUCCUUGCUGCGCGGUGGCUGCUGCUAAGCUGCUCAUGGGCUUCCCUCUUGGCCACAGAUGAUCAUUUGCUUGUUGAAUUACCCGCUCUAUAUUCGCAGCACCCCUAUGGAGAACGAACUGAAGUUCCACUACAUGGUGCACACGUCUCUGGACGUGGUGGAUGAGAAGAUCUCCGCGAUGGGGAAGGCCCUGGUCGACCAGAGGGAGCUGUACCUGGGCCUGCUCUACCCCACGGAGGACUACAAGGUAUACGGCUACGUCACCAACUCCAAGGUGAAGUUUGUCAUGGUGGUGGAUUCCUCCAACACAGCCCUUCGAGACAAUGAAAUUCGCAGCAUGUUCCGGAAGCUACACAACUCCUAUACGGACGUUAUGUGCAACCCCUUCUACAACCCGGGGGACCGCAUCCAGUCCAGCAGGGCCUUUGAUAACAUGGUGACGUCGAUGAUGAUACAGGUGUGCUGAGUGAGCUGUGCUGCCAGGCAUCGCAGAGGAGCCCGCGCACGACUGUGGUGGGGCCGUCAGUCUGUUCCCGUCGCCUCUUCCUGAAUGGGACGCCCGGGGCUUUCAGGGCAGGCAGCUGUGCAUGUUCUCUCAACUAAAGGUCUUGUGAGAUGA